CUAAAUGACUAAAAUGUAACCGCCGAUUCCACUAUUGUUGCUCACUCUAAUGUCUAUGUUCACAAAGCACUGUUCUCCGUUACCCAGAAUGCCUAGUUUGUUGCUGCCUGACCAAGGAGUGACUGACUGACUGACUAGCUAGCUAGUACGUACAUCUGCCCUACUUUUUGUACUAGCUAUGCAUUUUAAUGUAAUAACUAACGUUAGCGAAUAGCCGAGGGAAAAUAAGAAGAGAACUACAACACUGUGGUUGAAAUAAUUGCGGCAAUGCCUCUCUUCACGUCCAAUCCAUUUGAACAAGAUGUUGAGAAAGCCACCAGUGAGAUGAACACAGCGGAGGACUGGGGCCUCAUCCUGGACCUCUGUGAUAAGAUAGGACAGUCUCGCUCCGGGCCUAAAGAAUGUCUUCGUUCCAUUAUGAGACGAGUUAACCACAAGGAUCCCCACGUUGCCAUGCAGGCUCUGACGCUACUUGGUGCCUGUGUUUCCAACUGUGGGAAGAUAUUCCAUCUAGAAGUGUGCUCCAGAGAGUUUGCCAGUGAGGUCAGCAACGUUUUAAACAAGGGCCACCCUAAGGUGUGUGAGAAGUUGAAGGCUCUGAUGGUAGAGUGGGCAGAGGACUUUAGGAGCGACCCUCAGCUCAGCCUGAUUUCAGCCAUGAUCAAGAACCUCAGGGAACAGGGGGUCACCUUCCCUGCUGUGGGCUCUCAGGCUGCAGAGAAAGCUAAAGCAAGUCCUGCUUUAGUGGCCAAGGAUCCAUCCACCCUAACCAACAAGAAGGAGGAGGAAGACCUGGCCAAAGCCAUAGAGUUGUCUCUAAAGGAGCAGCGUGGUCAGCCUGGGUCAGGGCUGUCUGGGUCAGGGCUGUACCCCAGUGCCUAUUUCCUCUCUUCCCAGAGGCCUGAGGGCAGGAAGGUCAGGGCCAUCUAUGACUUUGAGGCUGCAGAGGACAACGAGCUCACCUUCAAGUCUGGAGAGAUCAUCUCUAUCCUGGACGACAGUGACCCCAACUGGUGGAAAGGAGAAACGUAUCAGGGAGUUGGACUAUUCCCCUCAAACUUUGUAACGGCUGAUCUGACUGCAGAGCCUGAGAUGAUGAAGACAGAAAAGAAGUCAGUGCAGUUCAGUGAGGAGAUCCAGGUGGAGCGCAUAGAGCCUGAACCUGAAGCGGUCUACAUAGACGAGGAGAAGAUGGACCAGCUGCUGCAGAUGAUCCAGAGUGCAGAUCCAACAGACAACCAGUCUGACGCCUGUGAACUGCUACAGCUGGAAGGUGAGACCAACUAACUAACUAACUAUUACUACCUAACUAACUGCUACAGCUGGAGGGUGAGACCAACUUACUAACUAUUACUACCUAACUAACUGCUACAGCUGGAGGGUGAGACCAACUUACUAACUAACUAACUAACUAACUAUUACUACCUAACUAACUGCUACAGCUGGAGGGUGAGACCAACUUACUAACUAACUAACUAACUAUUACUACCUAACUAACUGCUACAGCUGGAAGGUGAGACCAACUAACUAACUAACUAUUACUACCUAACUAACUGCUACAGCUGGAGGGUGAGACCAACUUACUAACUAUUACUACCUAACUAACUGCUACAGCUGGAGGGUGAGACCAACUUACUAACUAACUAACUAACUAUUACUACCUAACUAACUGCUACAGCUGGAGGGUGAGACCAACUUACUAACUAACUAACUAACUAUUACUACCUAACUAACUGCUACAGCUGGAAGGUGAGACCAACUAACUAACUAACUAUUACUACCUAACUAACUGCUACAGCUGGAGGGUGAGACCAACUUACU